UAGAUGGGGAUUAACUAGUGGUUCUUGUUUGGAAAUGAAGACUGAUAAUCUCAGAGGUCUUUUAUGGGUAGAUGAGAAGACGGAAGAGUUCGUUGUAGUGUGGUUCUUUGACCCUGUUGGUUAUUUAUUCUUUUGCAAGAAAGGGGAUACUCAUUACACUUUCAUUCCGUUGUAUGACGAAGUCCCCAAGCUGUUAUCUGGCUUCAGUGAUCUUGUACUUCGGUGUUAUCGUCUUUACAUUGCUACUACUCAUCGUUGCGUUCGAGUUCUAGAUUUGUCUGGACAUCAAGGUUUCGAGGAUGUCACUGGGAGUAACCCGAAGCCGAUGUUUUCGCUACGUAAAUAUUAUGCUUCUUUUAGUAUUGCGGUGACGAAAGAUGGAGAGGUUUUGUUAGUCGAGAGCACGAACUUUGAAAACCGAAGGAGCUUCCGUAUCUACAAGAAGGAUCCUAAUGCAGAUCUAAAUGAAUACAGCCCUAAUCUUCUUGAGGUAGAUUCUGUUGGUGAUGAAGCCCUGCUUCUCGACUUGGGUAUUAUCGUGCCUGCUAACCAUACCAUUGGUAUCAAACCAAACACUGUCUAUUUCACCCGUCAUGAUCGUGCCCGUCUUCGUAUCCCUUUUGAUCUGGAUAUUUGUGUGUUCAAUCUUGCAACCAACACCCUCAAACGCUUCCCUCAACUCGCUGGCCUAAAUCUCAAGGAUGCUCGAUGGUUUCUCCCUUUCACUUGAAAGACUUGAUUCCUGCUGAACCUCGACGACUUUAUUUGUGCUAUUCUGAAUAUAAACUAUGAAAUUGUUU